AUGCCAUGUGUGCUGCACAAUGCCACCCUUUAUCGCAUGAAACAGCAUAUUGACCUGCCACAAGAACCUCCCAUACAUUCCCCCCAAACCAAACACACCACCACCAUGCCACAAAUCGACACCCUCCGUCGCUGUGCCUUCAAAGCCCCCCAAAACGACAAAUACCAGUGCCAGAAAGCCGGUGACAAGUACCAGCUCCACGUCGACCGGUGGUACUGCAAAUUCCACGACCGCCACGUACAAGACAGGUGCCAGGUCCUGAUUGAGUGGGCAGGAAAGGGCGCCCAAUGCGAGCAGCUGGGUGUUUGGAACGAAGAGCAGGGUAAGAAGUUGUGUGAUUGGCACGGCGCGCAGAGUAGAAAAGUCUUGAUGGAGGAGGAGGAGGUUGGGACGAUGAAGGAGCAUGUUGAGGUGAUUGAUACAGACACGGAGGAUUGUUUGGGACAGGCGGAGUCAGUGCUCUUGUCGUUGUCACCGCCUACGCUUGUACAAUCAGGUUGCGAACCGCAUGUUGAGGACGCAUUCAUGAGCCUUGAGUUGGGAGAGCAGCCAUCUGCGCCAACUGUAGCCAAAGAGAAUCUAGUCGACACCGACCCUGAUCCAACGGCGUUGGAAAGCAAAGGAUCUCAGAUCACCACAAACAAAGACGAUAGAAACCCACCCACUGAGCCUUCUUCCAACAAUGACAACACCGUCGACACACACCAUACCUCGACUCCCACACCUCCACUCCACCGUCCCAAUCUCGCACCCACAUCCGCAACCCCAACCCCAACCCACAAUCCCAACACCCCCCCCUACGCAGCCUACAUCCACGUAAUCCACUCCCUAACAACAACCACCCCGCCCCGCCGCUUACACACGCGCACCGACUCGCUCGACCCUCUGCAGAGCCUCGAGCCAGCGACACCGACGCGCGCGCCCGCGUUGUACGUGCAGUGCUGCGUGUGUCUGGAGAAGCACAGCGAGGAGGUUAUGCGGCGGGUAGCGGCGUGUCAGCAUCAGUACCGGGAGCUGUGUUUGCGGAAGGUGAGGAGUGGUGCUGGGGGGAGACGGUAUAAUUGCAGGGGGUGUGGGGAGUGGAUGGAUCGUGUACGGAGGAGCCCUCAACCGCACGAGUGA